UCCGUAAUCACAAAGCCAUGGCCUUCUCAACGGUACAUUUCCUCUGCUUCUUCCUCCUCUUCUUGGGUCUCCCGGCGGCGCGUGUAACCAACGCGUCUGUUGACCCUUGCAACGCCUUCAGUGACGGUUCCGGCGACCUCUCCGUCAUCCCCAUCUACGCCAAAUGCUCACCCUUCGCCGCCGACCACGGCGGCUCAUUGCUCGACACCGUCGUCAAAAUGUCCUCAAACGACCCUCACCGCCUCAAUUACCUCACAAGCCUCGUCGCCGGUAAACCCAACCCCAACUCCGUUCCCAUAGGCUCCGGCAACCAGCUCCUCCACACCGGCAACUACGUCGUCCGCGCCAAGCUCGGAACUCCGCCGCAGCUCAUGUUCAUGGUCCUCGACACCAGCUCCGACGCCGCCUGGGCCCCUUGCACCGGCUGCUCGGGCUGCCCCUCCGCCGCAACCGCCGAGGUCAACCCCAACUCCUCCUCCACCUUCUCCUCCCUCUCUUGCUCCACCGCUCAGUGCGCACAGGCACGUGGCCUCACGUGUCCGUCGUCCACGACAGCAUCACCGUCGCCGGCGGCAUGCUCCUUCAACCACACCUACGGUGGAGGAUCCGCCUUCUCCGCCGCGCUCGUGGAGGACACGCUGGCUUUAUCCUCCGACGAGAUCCCCGGCUUCGCCUUCGGAUGCAUCACCGCCGUCACGUCCGGCGGCGCGUCGAUCCCACCGCAGGGGUUAUUGGGCCUGGGCCGUGGGCCCAUGUCACUGAUGACCCAAACGACGUCGCUUUACUCGGGAGUGUUCUCGUACUGUCUUCCCAGUUUCAGGUCGUUUUACUUCUCGGGUUCGUUGAAACUGGGUCGGGCGGGUCAACCCGGGUCAAUCAAAACGACGCCGCUUCUGAAGAACCCUCACAGGCCGUCGCUUUACUACGUGAAUCUCACCGGAGUUAGUGUGGGUCGGACCCGUGUACCGGUUGACCCGAAAUAUCUCGGGUUUGACCCGAAUACCGGCGCCGGUACGAUUGUAGACUCCGGCACUGUGAUUACCCGUUUCGUCCAGCCCGUUUACGAGGCCAUUAGGGACGAGUUCAGGAAGCAGGUGAAAGGGCCGUUCUCAACGCUAGGAGCGUUCGACACGUGUUUCACAGCCGAUAACGCAGAUAACGCUGCACCGAAGAUAACGCUGCACAUGACGGGGCUUGACCUAACGCUGCCGAUGGAGAACUCUCUCAUCCACAGCUCAGCAGGAUCGCUUUCUUGCUUGUCAAUGGCUUCUGCUCCCAACAACGUCGACUCUGUCCUGAACGUAAUCGCGAAUCUCCAGCAGCAGAAUCUAAGGAUCCUCUUCGAUGUCCCGAAUUCUCGCAUCGGAAUCGCUUAUGAGAACUGCAACUAAGAGGGAUCGAUUCGAAUUCCUCUUUCUGAGAUCUGUAAUGAUUUGUUUCCAAUGUCUGUAAUGUAAUUGUCUUCUUCCUCUGGUUUGUCCUAAACGAGAAAUUCUUGUAAUGGUCGUUGUACUGGUGCAGAUCGUCCGUGAUUAGAUUUUUUGUACCGGCUAUCCGAACACGGAAA